AUGCCGAGUCUGCGCGUGGCCGCGUCAGUGGUGUUAUUGUUGCUCACUUUGGCUCCACCCGAAGCGGCUGCCCAGCAGAGGAAUCUCACAUUCAAGAUUCACAACUUCACCACGAAGGUGGAUCAUUUUUCGUACCGCAACAACGACACCUUCCAGAUGAGGUACAUCGUGGCCGACCAAUACUGGGACAGAAAGAGAGGGCUGAUCCUCUUCUACCCUGGAAAUGAAAUGAGGAUUGAACCCUUCGUGUACAGCACGGGUAUUAUGUGGGACUGGGCUAGGUACUUUUCUGGACUACUCGUGUUUGCCGAACAUCGAUAUUACGGCGAGUCUCUGCCCUACGGAGAAGAAUCCUUCAAGGAUUUGGAACACAUGUCGUACCUCUCCAGUGAGCAAGCCAUGGCUGACUACGCCGCGCUUUUGACAUGGCUAAAGGACAACCUUGAGGGAGCCAAGAACUGUAAAGUGGUCGCAAUUGGCGGCUCUUACGGAGGCAUGUUAGCAGCGCUGAUGCGGGUGAAGUACCCGUACAUCGUCGAGGCUGCCCUGGCGAGUAGUGCCCCCUUCAGAAUGUUUCCCGGACUAGGAUCAUGCGACCGGUACUACAGAGGAGUCACAGAAGCUUUCGAGAAGUCGUCCUUGGGGUGCUCCAAGGACGUGUCUCGUACCUGGACCGUGCUCGAUAAGCUGGGAUCAACACCGGAGGGAUGCAAGACGCUGCAGGAAACGUUUCGCACGUGCCAGCUCCUGGAGCCCAGCAAUUACCCGGAUUUUCGCAAUUGGAUCCGACACACGUACUCGGUACUGGCCACGAUAAACUACCCGUUCGCCGUAAUGUACCGUGGACUCCUGCCGGCACGUCCUGUAAAGAAGGCCUGUGCCAUCAUAAGAGGUGGGAUGGACACUGAAGAACGCAUGGUACAUGCUGUCGCCGAUGUCGUGAAGAUGUUGUACAACAGCACGGGCAAUAACUCAUGCAACAACAUUUACCCUACCGCAAACAUGCACGCCUACAAGUUCCAGAGGUGCACCGAGCUCAUCCACCCGACGUGCACCGACGGCGUCAACGACAUGUUCUAUCCCCAAGAGUGGGACGCCGAAAAAUUCGCCGAACGGUGCCGCGAAAGGUUUGGCGUCACGCCGGAAUUCGACAGCAUGCUCAAGAAGUACCCGAUCCCGGACUUCCAGGCGGCGUCCCAGAUUUUCUUCACUGACGGGGACAAGGAUCCGUGGGCAGCGCUCGGCUUGGGCCAUGCUCCCACGUUUCGGACCAGGUACCACGUCAUCGAGGGUGCCGCUCACCACGUGGACCUGCAGUUCGCGCACCGCGACGACCCCUGGCCCUUCCGGAAAGCCAGGAGUUUCGCUAAGCGGGUCAUCUCAAAUUGGAUACAGCGGCUUCCCUAG